UUUGUAUAAUACCAGCGCGCUUAGAACUUAGAACCCAGGUAUCAUUCAGUAAACCAUUAAAAAAAAAAAACUGUCUUUUUUCCUUUUCGUAGAAUAUUAAAAAAUUUGAUCUACGAUAUUUUUGUGACAUGGCUGGAAAUACUACUGAGGAAGUGGAGGGGUCUACUUCCACCGAGACCAAAACGAAUACCGCUGCUGAGAUUCCUCCCGAGUUUCUCAUCAAGCAUCCGCUGCAAAAUACUUGGAGCCUAUGGUUUUACGACAAUGACAGGAACAAAACAUGGGAAGAAAAUUUGAUUGAGCUGACUUCGUUUGACACGGUGGAAGAUUUUUGGAGAUUAUACCACCAUAUAAAGUUACCAUCGGAGUUACGCCAAGGUCAUGACUAUGCAGUGUUUAAACAAGGCAUACGUCCUAUGUGGGAAGAUGAUGCAAAUAAGAUGGGCGGUAGAUGGCUCAUCAGUUUGGAGAAGAAGCAACGCACUUCGGAUCUUGACCGUUUCUGGUUAGAUGUGGUUCUUCUACUAAUUGGUGAAAAUUUCGAGCAUCCAGAGGAGAUUUGCGGGGCUGUCGUGAACGUCAGAGCAAAAAUCGAUAAGAUUGGUGUAUGGACAGCAGAUACAUCAAAACAGCACGCUAAUCUAGAAAUUGGUAGAAAAUUAAAAGAGCAGCUUGGUAUUCAUGGGAAAAUUGGUUUUCAAGUACACAGAGACACUAUGGUUAAGCAUAGUUCAGCUACAAAGAAUCUAUACACUGUUUAGUUAUCUUAAUUACUUUUAUGUUGAACCUAACAACAGCGGUAUGGGAUCACACGCAAAAGGAUAGUCGCUGACUCGAACUGGGAUGUCAGAUCUUGUUUACAUAGCUCUCUGACUUACUGUAUCGGCCCUCUUGUAAAUAAAUCCCAUAGGCUACUGUUAUGUUAUUAAAUAUAUUAAACAAUUUAUUUAACAGAAGUAGACAUACUUUAGGUUCAAGUUUCGAUUCGUCUCGCAUAUGUAUUAUCGUUCGCGACGUCCCCGAGUCGCAGCAAUGGAUUUGUUAUUGACUAAAAAAAAUUGAGUCUGAUUUUUUACUAAGCUGUGCUUGAGUAUGUUUGUCGAUAUCGCAUAGAUGUAAGUUUAGAGUCCUCUCACGGGUCGGUGAGAUUUAAGUAAAAAUCCCAAUAUUUUCAGUUUUUUUUUAUUAUAGCACGACAUGUGACGAACCCUAUCCUGAGCGGAAACGGAAACAGUCAACAGAAAAGAGAAUAUUUUACUUACAAUGCUGCAGUUGGCCGUAGUCUGCUAGCUCAUUAUGUGAUUUUUCACGCUAUAUUUGAAGGAUCUGAGGUUAUUAGAUGAAGGGUAAAUGUCACGGGCUAUUCAAUAUUAUGGAUGUAGUUGCUGGCAAAUCCUCAUGGGAUGCUACUGAAUAGACGAAGGUGGAAUGAGAGAAGAUGGCAAGGUGCGAAUUCGUUUUAUUUACAUGAAUGUAUUUAACUCAUUGUAAGCAUAUAUUACAAUAAUUAUUGCUUAUUCUCUCUUUAAUGACAUCGUGAAACAGUUUGAAAUAUUGUUACGGGCUACCAAAGAAUCUGACGUCAUUUAUCGUACAUUUACCGCGGCGGAAUACUGCCGACCCGUGAGCCGAAGGCUCGUAUUUUGUUCUACUGUUACCAUACAGGAGUGUCUAAAUUUAUUGUCUUGCAUACAUAUUAGUCAAGUUACAAUGGACCAAUUGUUGUUCAAUUCGAUAGAAUGCUUUAUUUUAACUGUAUGUAGACGCAUGUGUUGUUUAACAAAGCGAUUUAGGCACUCGCGUGGAACGUCUCACUGUAACGGAAAGGUGACUAGACUUAGUUUAUCUAUUACGAAAAAUGAUAUUUUUACAUUUAACGAUUGUCGUACGAUGUAUACCAAUCGAAUAAUAAGUAACGUCCGCUUUAAUUUAAUUUAACACAUUGAACAAUCUUUUUAGCAUUACAAUGAACUGCUGCCUCUGUAACAUUCGUUUCUUCAGUUUGGUUAUGUAACAGUCAAACACUAUUUUGGUAUUUUGUAAUGAAAACACUAAAAUAAAAUGUUUCUUGUUUUAUUA